AUGGACUUCAAUAUAUCCAAUGUAUUUUCUGGCCCCACAAAUGAAACUGAUCAUUUUGAGGAUCUCAAAGAUAUUGGCAAAGGUAUUCCACUUAUUUUCCUCUGGUUUUGUUAUCUAUCCAUCUUCCCAUUUUUCCUGGCAGUGUUUCAUUUGAACAAAGAAAAAGAGAAAGAAACAGCAGUUUAUCAUAUUAUCUAUUAUUUUGUUGUAACCGUCAAAAGAAUGUAUGCUCUACAGCUUUUCCAGUUAACUAUAUUUCCUGCAAUUGCCUAUUUUGAAACCUAUUGGAUCCAAGUAGUGAUUCUAAUAAUGUACCCGCCCACUGGAUGGAUUUUGACACUAACAAAUCGGGUUAAUCAAAGUUUUAUGGGAAUCCUGGCCAUUCAAAGAUUCACUCUAUAUUUCUAUCCAUCUUCGGAGAAAUAUGUGAAGAUUACGCCGACUACUCUCCAAUGGAUAAUUUUUAUUGAAUAUCUAUAUUUUUUAGCAGAGCCUUUACUUCUAGUGUAUUUUGCACAUAUUUCUAAUUUAAAACAUCUGAACUAUCAAAUUGAUAUGUAUUUCUUUUUUGGCGAGCAUAUUUUCCUAAUUUUAUCUAAUAGUCUGUACGUUCCAAUUAUAAUCAGCAUUCGGAAGUUAACGCAUUUGACAUCUGCUCAACAAAACAAACCUCAAAAAUUUAUUAUGUGCCAGUGCCUGCUGAUAGUUGUGGAAAAAAUUAUAUUUGGAAUAUGCAUUUUCUUUAAACUUUCGUCGGAAUAUCAUACGAUGAAAGCAAUAUCAACUACAAGAGACAUGUAUGUCUCAAUAUUUGUUAUACAACUGUCAUAUAUUUUGUGCAACAAGCGGAAUAUGAGCUCAUUUCUCAAAUUGUUCAAAUCCGAUGUUACUUGCCUGAAAUUUUAUUGUCCCUGUUGCCGGAUAUUCAAGUCAUCAAGAACUCAACCAGAGGCAACCGCCGUUCAAAUGCAAAUUUAUUCUACACAAGCGAAUUAG